AUGCGCGCCGCCUUCCUUGCCCUCUUCGCCGCCGCCGGCGUCCUCGCUCAGAACCCCGUCGAGUCCGUGACCUCGGCUAUCGCAUCGGUCGUCGACUCUGUCCUUCCUGGUGGUGGCUCAGAGACCGCCUCUAGCUCCAUGGCCUCUGAGUCUCCUAUGGCUUCCGAGUCUUCCAUGAGCUCUGAAUCGCCCAUGGCCUCCCCCUCGGCCUCUGGCAGCGCGCCCGCCGCCAGCGGCGCUCCCUCUAUGAGCAUGUCUGCUCCCGCAGGUGCGGCCUCGUCUCAGAACCCCCUGCAGUCUAUCACCUCGUCUGCAGGUGCAGCCCUCAGCUCGGCGGCCAGUGCCGCCUCCAGUGCGGUUGCGCCCAGCGGCUCGGGUGGCGCGGGCAUGCUGAGCCCCAACGCGGGUUUCAUCGCGGCAGGCGCCCUCGCCAUCGCUGCCCUCGCCUAA